UCCUCGGGGAACUUUAAGCAUUCCGCAUAUAUAUUUAGAGUUAUAUAACAAAACAGUCAUCACAUAUUUUAUAAACUAACAGUAUUACAGAUUUUCUACAUUACAGGGUCAGUGGGAAGCCAGGUUUUAAUUGGCUGCUAAAAAAUCACGUGAGUAAGCGUCACGUGGUGCAGGAGGAAAAAGGGGGUCCUUUUUGGUGUAAAUCUGGACUCUAAUUCCGUAAUAUAUCAAGGUACCUCGUAAAACCGACACUAAAACGUCCUGGCCUACAAAUCACCCGCCCAAAUUAUGAGUUCAUUGUAUUAUGCGAAUGCUUUAUUUUCCAAAUAUCAAGCAGCAAGUUCGGUUUUCCCGUCCGGGGUUUUUCCAGAGCAAACUUCUUGUGCUUUUGCUUCAAAUUCCCAACGAUCUGGAUAUGGUUCGGGGUCUGGAGCUUCUUUUGCUGCUUCCAUGCCUUCCAUGCCCGCUUUAUAUUCCAGUGGAAGUAGCCUACAUCCCCAGACCUCUGGUAUGUAUUCCACUGGCUAUGGUCUCGAAGCAAGUUCUUUCAACAUGCAUUGCUCACCAUUUGAGCAGAGCCUCUCCAUUAUGUGUCCAGGGGAUGCCUCCAAGCAAAACUGCAACAAAACGGAGCAGAGAGACCCCGAACACAGCGACAAUAACUUCCGGAUCUAUCCUUGGAUGAGAAGCACAGGGUCCGACAGAAAGAGGGGUCGCCAGACUUACACACGGUACCAAACUCUGGAGUUGGAAAAAGAGUUUCACUACAAUCGUUACUUAACCAGACGAAGACGCAUCGAGAUCGCCCAUGCACUUUGUCUUACCGAAAGACAGAUUAAAAUCUGGUUCCAAAACAGACGCAUGAAGUGGAAGAAAGAAAACAAAACUUCUGGCCAGCCUGCAAGCAACCAGGAAAAAACAGAGGCAGAAGAGGAAGAGGAGGAGGAGGAAGAGUGAAUGCUUAACUACAAAUUGCUCAAACCAAGAAGCUGAUUAGCAGACUGAAAUGGGCAUAAUAUAUUCUGCUCCCAACACUGAAAUGCAUACUACCUAAAACCGAAGAUCUUUUUUUUUCUGUACAGCGGCAAGGAUAUUACCUAACUGUUACACAUAUUGUUAUUUUUUAUUUUUAUGUGAGUCUUACUGUAGCUGUGUUGUCUUACAGUGCGGAAAUGUAUUAUUUUGAGGUUGAGAGGGUCACAUAGGCCUGGGUUUCAACCCUGCACCCCUUCAGUUUGCAAGUAUUGUCUGACUUGGAUUUACACCACACCAGGAAGGUCCCAAACUUUUUAUAUCUUACAAAACAUUUCAGCAGUGACCCUCUUUCCUUUUGAAAUAAGCUGUAUCCUUCCGCACUGAAAUGUGUCCUUGUAAAACUUGGUUUUAAAACGUAAAGUAUAAAAGGGAACUUCCUUGGCACAGAUCUGUACAUAAAGAAGUCGUGCAAUGUACAACUUGCACUGCAUCUCUCUUGAUGUUGUUCUCAGUGUCUUGUAUUGAAUGUGUUUUUCAGCGGACCACUUGUAAAUGGCACUAGAUACUUUGUGUUGUGAUAUUUUCGUUUUGCUAGACGUCUGUAGUUGACAGUUGCACCUUGGAACACUUAACUCGCAAUAAAGCAAUUUAUUUGGUUUAAAAUAAACAUUUAAAUUGAA